UUAGAAAGUACUUAUAAAGUACAACUUGCAGUAUUAAUGUAAGCUACGACCCAGCAAGCUGUUAAGUAGACCUGCAGCCUCUCAGCUCCCAGGUGCACAAGGACUCCAGAACAACCUUGUCUAAACUUAGGGACAAAAACCUUCACUGAAAUCCUCUAUUGUAGGUAGUAGUUCUUCCGUGUCUGACUUCAGGUGUGUCUUUAGGUAUCUGCAGCUUUACAGCAGCUCUUGAUUAGAGCGAGGUGGUUAACCGUUGUGUGGUGAAUUGCAGAAUGCAUGGUUUUUAAAAUAAAGCCAACAAGAACACCUGGGGAGGGGAGAAAAAACAUCUGAGGCGUUGAGGUUGCCUCCGCUGCAAGGAAGAUAUAAAACAGACCCUGCGUUGCACCAGCACAGCUGUGACAGAGCAAACCCACACUGUGCAGCCAGGCCUCAGGGCUGCGUUCCCGCCACUGCGCAGCCUGAGGCUGAGAGGGCAGUAUGGCAGCAGGGGGCAGCCGUGGGGACCCCUUGGCCAUAGAGCCACUGCCUGAGCCCCAGCCCGAGAUGUCCCCAGCUGAGGGGCUCAGGGGGGACCAGGAGCAAAUGGCAGAGAUUCAAUUUAAAAUUCUAAGAGGGCACGGCGAUACUGUGAGUUCCUGCCAUUUUUGCUGUGAAGACUCAAAAGUACUUUCAUGCUCUUACGACAGAACAGUGAAGCUCUGGGAUGUUGCCGAAGGAUUUCCUGUUCAAAUUUUUGAAGAACACACAGCCCCAGUUUCUGAAUGCAACUUGAGUCCUGACGAUAGGAGGAUGGUGACAUCAUCCUAUGAUAACACUGUCAAGACCUGGGAUAUGGAAACAGGAAAAGUGCUUUGGACAAUAGAACAUGAAGGCAUCGUAACUUCAUGUAAUAUUUCCCAUGAUGGCAAAUACGUGGUAUCUGGCUCAGAUAAAGGCAAUGCCAUAUCUGUUUUUGAUGCAGUAAGUGCAACACAGGUGGUAUGUGUCCAAGGUCAUCACAGGAGUACAAUCACAAGAUGCUGUUUUGAUCCUGAUAAUCAGAGGGUGACUUCAGUAUCAUACGAUAAGACUAUAAAGCUGUGGGAUAUGGUAGCUCGAUCCACCUCAAUUACAAUUAAAGAGGGACACAGCAAUGCUAUCUCAGAUUGUUGCUUUACAUCUGAUGGUCGAUACUUAUGCACAGCAUCCUGGCACAGGAGCUUAAAAAUAUGGGAUGUAAAGACAGGAGAAUUUCGGAGUCGUGGACCUGUUACCUUGAACCACGGACAUGAGGGUUCUGUUAGUUCCUGUUGCUUUAGCCAAGAUGCAUCACUUGUAGUGUCUGGUGGAUAUGACAACGCUAUAACCAUAUGGGAAACAGAUGCAGGAUAUAAGAAGUUAAGCUUAAAGGGCCAUUGGGACUGGGUGACAGAUGUUGCAAUUAGUGAAGACAAGAAGUGGAUUCUUUCAGCCUCAAAGGAUUCUACUUUGAGACUGUGGAAUAUUGAAAGGAUGGAUCGCAUACCUUCAGUGAUAGAAAGCAGAAAAGAAAAAGGCUCAAAAAUUGCUCAGUGUGAAGAAUGUGAAAGACCUUUCUUAAGCCUGCAGCAUGGUGGCUUUGAAGUGAUAUCCAAGUGUGUAUUCUGUCGUCUGUCUUCUCCAGCAAGAAGUAUUUUGCCAUUGCCACCUUCCAUCCCUCCUGAUCUUUAAAUUCGUAUGACAGUCUUUGGAUGUUAACAUAUGACUGAACACAAUCAACCUUCACGUGACUCCUGCCAAAGCGUGUGCUGAGCUCUCAUUAUGGUCAGUGGAAACUAUGGAG